AUGUCUGUCAACGUCCCCGGUUUCUCUUCGUCUCCCUUCUUUGAAUUGUUGGAAGGUGGCCUCAAGGACGAACCUACCAAGAAGCAAGCCAUCAAGGGUGUCAAGGCUAUCAUUGUCAUUACCUUGAAGAACAAGGACAACAAGGAACAAUCGUGGGUCUUGGACUUGAAGAACGACGGUACCGUCGCCACUGUCGACAAGGUGCCCAAGAACGACGUUCAAUUGCUCUUGGCUGACGAAGACUUCGUCAAGUUGGCUGAAGGUACUGCCAACGGCCAAAAGUUGUUCAUGAACGGUAAGCUCAAGUUGAAGGGUAACAUGAUGAAGGCCACCGCCAUUGAAGGUGUCUUCAAGAAGUUGGACCCUAGACCUAAGUUGUAA